CAUUUCUCUCCUGUGACACAUGUAACAGGGUUUUGAGUACCACUUAAAUUCAAUUAUUAAAACUAUAGUAUUUGAAAUUGGCGUAAGAAUUCGUACUUACAAAUUAUCGGAAGAAUAGUUAAUUAAUUCUAACACACUUUAAAUUACAAUAUUUAUUGCGCGUAGAAUUAUAAACAGAAUUUGUAAACUAUUUACAGAAAUAAACAGCUGAUUUAAGGAGUGACAGACUGUCACUGGCAGCUGUCAUACAAGGCUACGAUGCAUGCUACAUGCAUACAUGCACACAUUCGUCCCCAUAUACUUAACCGGUAUUUAACAAUUUUUAACUUUAUAGUACGCGAACAAUUAUUCUAAAUUAAGUUGCAAAUAUAAAGUAAAAUGCCUACAUGGAAUCAAAUUCUAUCACAACUACGCAACCCCAGCAAUCCUGUGGUUUUUUUUGAUAUAUCUGUUGGUACAACGGAAAUUGGUCGUAUGAUUUUUGAAUUGUUUGCGGAUACAGUACCGAAAACGGCAGAAAAUUUCCGUCAACUUUGCACGGGUGAAUACCGGCCGGACGAUGUACCAAUGGGAUACAAAGGUGCUAGUUUCCAUCGGGUUAUUAAAGAUUUUAUGAUUCAAGGAGGUGACUUUGUCCAUGGAGAUGGUACUGGUGUAAUGAGCAUAUAUGGUGGCACAUUCGCCGAUGAGAAUUUCACGCUAAAACAUGAUUCGCCAGGUCUUCUUUCUAUGGCUAACAGUGGUAAAGAUACAAAUGGUUGCCAAUUUUUUAUUACUUGUGCCAAAUGCAACUUCCUUGAUGGAAAGCAUGUUGUUUUUGGACGUGUGCUAGACGGACUGCUGAUAAUGCGAAAAAUUGAAAAUGUCCCUACGGGCCCAAACAAUAAACCUAAACUACCAGUUACAAUAUCACAAUGCGGACAAAUGUAAAAUGUGUACCUUUCUUAUUAUUAAAUUAUGUAUACAUCAUAAUUAUAAUAAAUUUAUACAUCUUUGUUUCUUA